AUGGUCUACUCGUUCCAGUGCCUCUUGUUUUCCCUCCUUCUUCUCGGACCGGUGGCUGAAGCUUCUCGUCCAGGAAAAGGCGGGCAUUCGGGGAAGAAAUAUUACCCUGGGCAGACUAAGGAGUACGACUUGAGCAUUACUUGGGAGGAACAUGCCCCGGAUGGCUUCUCGAGGCAGAUGCUGUUGGUCAAUGGCAAUUCGCCAGGGCCGGUCUUAGAGGUCGAUCAAGAUGACUGGGUUGUUGUUAAUGUUUACAACCAUUCUCCCUAUAACACGACAAUUCACUUCCAUGGUAUUGAGAUGAUGGGAACCCCGUGGUCGGAUGGAGUUCCUGGUGUCACUCAACAGCCCAUCGAGCCCGAGUGCAGCUUCACGUACAAGUUUAAGGCGACCCAGUACGGCAGCUACUGGUACCACGCGCAUUACAGAGGCCAGAUCGAAGACGGUUUAUACGGCCCCAUUGUCAUCCACCCACGCCGAGGCGACCCAAAGCCGUUCAACCUCAUUUCGGACGAUAUCGACACAGUACACGCCAUGAUGGAGGCCGAGCGCAACGUCGUACCCCUCGUCAUUGCCGACUUCGUCCACCUCACUUCUGAUGCUAAGUGGGACAUGACCCUUGCCGCAAUGGUUGAGGAUUCAUGCUACGACUCCAUCCUCUUCAACGGCAAGGGAAGCGUGCAGUGUCUCCCAGCAGAUGAGAUUGCUGCGCUUGUCAAUGAUGCUCAAAAGACUCUCUUAGGAUUAGUACCUGGCUCUACCAUGACUGAUAAAGCGUGUCUUCCUGCUUCGGUACUGAUGGCACUUACGGGAGGCCAGGGCAACGAGGGCGCCUUACUCCCGGGCACCUUUUCCGGCUGUGAGGAAACUGACGGUCAGGUUGAGGUGAUCAGGCCAUCAUGCGAGGACGACGAGUGGAUCGCCAUCGACAUCGUCGGGGGUAUCAACUUCGCCACUGGGGUUGUCUCGAUCGACGAGCACGACAUGUGGGUAUACGCCAUGGACGGAUCCUACAUUGAGCCUCAGAAGGUCCAGGCAAUUGUCCUCACCAAUGGCGACAGAUACUCUGUCAUGGUGAAGCUGGACAAGCCAGGAGACUUCAAGAUCCGGUUCAACGCCGUCAGUGCGCCUCAAAUGAUCUCUGGCCACGCAAUUCUCUCGGUUGGGGGCGCGAGCGGAUAUGGAGAAUCCGACCCGUACGUCAAUUUCGUGGGGGUGCCGCUGACAAAGGACGUUGUGUUCUUUGACCAGAAUAUUGCGCAUCCAUACCCGCCUGAUCCCAUCCCCGCGAGUGCGGAUGCCUUGUUCCAUCUGACCAUGAAGGUUGACGGGGCAUCGUACCUCUGGGCAUUGAACAGCUCGCGACUGAUGCCAAUCGACCUCGACGCCGGCGAGCCGACACUCUUCCACCCUGAUCCUCAUGAGCACAACAACGUUACUUUGUCAACAAAGUUCAACUCCUGGGUCGACCUCGUAUUCUUCGCUUCCGUUUUCCCGCAGCCUCCACAUCCAAUUCACAAGCACGGCACAAAGAUGUACCAGAUUGGUUCUGGGGUAGGUCCAUUCAAGUGGAACUCAGUCGACGAGGCCAUCAAGGAGAUCCCCGACCAGUUCAACCUGGUGAACCCUCCCCGGAGAGACGCCUUUACUUCGCUCCCUGCCAACGACAAUGUGACUUGGGUAGUGGUUAGGUAUCAUGCCAGUAAUCCCGGUGCUUGGCUUCUGCACUGUCAUAUUAACAAUCAUAUGCUGGGAGGUAUGAUGAUGGUGAUUCAGGACGGGAUAGAUAAUUGGCCCGUGAUUCCUGAGGAAUACAAAAAUGGGAGACAUGGACAAGGGCAUCAUCGGUAA